ACUGUAUGUUUAAGCUGAAUCUAGGGACAGGGAAGUCAAGAAAGAGAAUUCAAUGAAAGCAAAGAAUAGCAAGAAAACUUUUGGAAGCAAUGAAAACAUGUAUUUAUACACAAACUCUGAAGCCAUGGAAAGCAAAGAAUAGCAAGAAACAAAGAGAAGACAUGGAAGCAAAGACCUCUCAUCCGUUUGCUAACGACGACAGUGCCAUUGGAAUUUUGAGAUCGUUAAGAGACGUCUCACCAGCUCACUACACCCUUAAAAUGGAAUCGUUCUCAUUAUUUCUCAACUCCAAGAUUGAAAAUUAUGAAUCCGGUGUAUUCGAAGCUGGUGGCUAUAAAUGGAAAUUGUCUCUUUACCCAAAGGGAAACAUGAAAAGGGAUGUGAAUGGUCACAUUUCUCUUUACUUGGCAAUAGCAGACACAAAAACACUUCCUCUUGGUUGGGAGGUUAAUGUCAACUUUAAAUUGUUCGUGUUUGAUCACAUUCGAGAUAAAUACUUAGCCAUCCAAGAUUUUGAAGGGGAAAUUAAGCGAUUUCAUCGGAUGAAAACUGAAUGGGGAUUCGACAAAUUGCUUUCCUUGGACAGUUUCACUGAUGCUUCUAAUGGAUAUCUUCUUGGUGAUUGUUGUGUGUUUGGCGCAGAGGUUUUUGUUAUAAAUUACUACGGCAAAGGCGAGAGCGUGUCGAUGAUGAAGGAUGCUGUGAACAACGGUUACGUUUGGAAAAUUAGUAAAUUUUCAGCAAUGGAUAAGGAAUUUCUUAUCACUUGGAAAAUUAAUAAUUUUUCAGCAAAUGAAAAGGAAACUUUGUACUCUGAAAAAGUUGUUCUUGGAGAGAACCUGUGGGGGUUCUGGUUAUUUCCAAAAACAAAAAUGCUGUCACUGUAUCUGGAGGUUUCCGGUUGGGAAACCCUUCCUUCUGCUCGGAAAUUGUCUGCAGAAUUCAAGCUGCGGAUAAGGGACCAGCUCAAUGGAAAUCAUUUCGAAUCCCAAGUCUUGACAAAAACGUACAGUUCCUCGAACGCAUUUGAGGGUCGUUACGAGUUCUUGGCCCUAAAUGAUCUGAAUGACGCAUCAAAGGGCUUCAUACUGAACGAUGCGGUAAUUGUUGAAGCAGAUAUCAUUUUAAAGAGUUAGUUGGUCUCAAAUGUGCAUCUUCUAUGAAAAUUAUUUGUAUAUUCAGAUAUACUCAUUAGUCUAUUUUCUUUUUUCUUUUUUAUAUUCGUGGGCUCACUGUUAGUUAUAAUGAUUUAUGAAGUAGUUGUGGCGCUUAAUUUAUGAACUUCUUUUGUGUUUUGAAUUAUUGGUCCCAACGUGCUGGUACCAAAACAGAGAGAGAUGAACAUUCGUCAUUGUUAUCAUCGUGAGCGUGAAAUGUGUAAAAUAUUCAAUUUCUAAUCAUAAUAAUGCAAAUAACUAAAUCCAA